GUUGUUUUCAUUUUAUCCUGUUUCUUGUUCGAACGAAUGUGUUACAAAUAAAAAAUGGAAGACUUACUUUUGAGCAUAGUCAAAGAAGCAGGAGGCUCCAAGCUGUCAAAUUUGAAGCAAAGAUCUCAAGAAGCACACGAUUUGUUGGCGGCCCAAAACAAUUUGAUGAGGAAUCCGAGUCAUGAAUUGAGAACUGUUUGUUUUUUACCUUUAAAAUUAGCUUUGGAAUCCAAGAGAAGUAAGCUGGUACAACUAGCUUUGAGUGGAUUAAACAAAAUCGUGAGAGAUGAACGUUUCCAAUCUGGAACGGAACCAGAGGACGAUUCGUUGUGGCUACCGGCUCAACUUUUACUCGCCACUUGUUCUAUUUUGGCCCAAUACGAAGAUACACAAGUUCACAUCCUGAGAGUAAUUUUAAACUUGGCCUGUUCAGCUAGUUGGGCGUUAAAUGGACGUUUAGUGAUGUUGAUGAUCAGUCGUUGCGGCGAAGCUUACGAAAAUGGCACACAACCAGUUCGUGCAGCUGCCCAGGCAGCCGCUUCCCAAACUCUCACCGCAUUUUGCACCUUUUUAGAUGAAGAGUGUCAGGAAAUCCUGCAACAUCAACAGAAACAUAAAAACAGCGGAAGCAGUGCUGAAAUGGUUUAUACAAAAACAUCUGCUGUUGCUUGUUUCAACGAAGCAAUUCCGGUUAUGCAGUACCUAUGUAGCCGACUAGAAGAAAUCAAAUCAUUACCAAAAUCAAACGACAUGAUAGUUUUUCUUUUGGAAUGCCUGCUGACAUUGGUGAACACUUUACCACACAGUGUACACACAAAUGUACAUUUCACCACAUUUUUGUGGCAAAGAUUUUGUCCCGCGUUGUUAUCGCUAUUGGGAGCUCCUGGUGAUCCGCAAGGUCAAAGUUUAACUACAAAUCAAUCGAAAAUAGUCUACAGUAUCGGCAUUCAAGUGGUUCGGCUAGUUGGAAGAGAGAGAGCUUUACGACCAGUGUUGGAGGCACUUUUUCACAGAAUGUUACUGUUGCCAAGUCCCAUGAAACGAUUAGAACCACUUAGAGCUGCCAGAGAAUUACUAAGAUCACCUGGAAGACUAGCCGAUCUGUUACUUUUAUCUGGACCAAUUCACAGACACGCAGGGGACGAUAUGGCUAUAAUAAGACUAAUCAUGGAUUCCAUAGAAGAGUCGGCACAGUGCACAGAUUCGGCAGUUCUACUGGCGAGCGUGGAAUGUAUUGGAGCUUUACUGGGCAGUCUGGAGGCUUUAUGUCGCGGCGAAGGAUUAAAUUUGGAAGAUGCGGAAACUACGAACGCGCGUUAUAUCACAUUGGAGCAGGCCGAUUAUACCGGACCGUUAACAUAUCAAUUUUUAGCACGACUUCCUAAACCCUACAGAGAUGUGGUGGCAAAUUUAAAAUACCACAGCGAUUCGGACAGUAGCGGAAUCGAAGGGAACGUUCCCGACUUGGAAGGUGGGUCCGAAUCGGAUUGUUCGGGCGCGACGGAAGGACCGGAGGAAUACGGCAGCCAGUCUGAAGAUAGUAUUAUGGAUGACGACAGUUUUUUAACCAGUCAACAGCUGCAGAAGCUGCACAAAAUUCCCAAGUCGUUAAAUCUGGGACGAAGCGGCGUUGAAGAAUGCAAUACGGACGUCGAGAGACACAAUGCAAGGCAUUUUGUGAAGACGUUGCAGCACAUCUUGUUGCCCAAUCUGAUGGCCUUGAGGUCUUCAAUUCAAGUUGACGAAGUUUUACAAGAAUUUGCGUCGAAAUGUUGCCAACACAAUUCUGCACAGAACUAUGAAUUUCCAACAAUCAUGAACGCUGACGGGAUUUAUUUAGCCACUUAUUCGGCACUACUUUUAGAUCUAAAUCUGAUUCAAUGUGGGCAUUACGACGAAAACAGCAAAGGUGUAAGUGUACCAACAACGGAAGCUCAAUUUGUAGAAGAAAUUCACGGAAGUGGCGUUUUAGUAUACGUAUCUGCAACCUGGUUAUGUGAACUCUAUCAAAAUGUUUUAGCAAAAUCGUUGUUACUUUCUACAGGUUACGAUCCAAAAUGUUCGCCGCAACCUGCUUUAAUAAAUCUCCUGACAGAUGUAGGUGGUUUGUGCCCAUCACAAUUAUUAACAGACUGGCAAAAGUUGCAAAAGGUAUCUGGAACACCGGAAUUUAGUCCGGAAAUCGAGGCGGGAAUUAAAUUGUCACGUAGAAUUUUGACAUGUUGUUGGACCUCUGUGGUCACUGUUUUGGGCGCACCUUUGGACGAUCCACCCAAUUCUACCUCUACGUCCACCUUAAGCAGACUGGUAGCUAGAAGAGCGAGACAGAAAAACAGGCAACGAAUAAGGGAGGAUAUUAUUACGGCCAGUUUAGAAGGUUUACACAAGGCAGCAAGUUUGAGCAAUACAUUGAAGUUACAAGCGAGAAGUAGCAGCAUUUUAGGUCUAUUAUCGACUUCUUCAUGCAAAUCGCAGGGACCAAAACUGCCAGCCUCGCAUGCACUUUCGUUGGACGUUUUACUUUCCAAAGGAUUGGCUUUGGGUUGCCACAGUUCUCCAUGUUGGCCGCACGUUUUCAACGCGUGCGUUGCCGUAGCAAGCUUAGAACACGCUCUCUUUAGUAAAACGGGAUCCACCCAAUUGUUAAUGGUGGCACAAAGUACUCAAAAUAAUACAAUUACUUCAGUCACAUGUUCUUCCGAUUCGCACAACAAACUCAAUAUGAGUUUCAAUAUUACAGGAACGGACGAAGAAACAUGUGUGGAUGUUUAUAGUUUCCUCCACAAUUCGACCUAUUCUUCCGAGCAAAAUUCCGGAACCCAAAACGACGCAACAAUUGCGGAAAUAAUUGAAAGAAGCGGCGUUAACAAUGCCCAAGGACAAGGUGUCCUUCGAGGCGUCCACGCGGCCAAAGUUUGUUGCGUGUUGAGUCAAAAAGCAGAUGAAUUGUUUCAUUCGGCCGCUCUGAGGUUAUCUUUGCCAGGCUUAUGUGGAUUUUUAAACGAAUUAUGCAAAGCAUCUCAUGCACAACUAUUUACAAGAUACGAAGAGACUCCGGGAAAAUUGAAGAAAUGGUGGAAGAAACAUCCUGAAUCCCAACAAAAACCACCAGCCACGCUGUUACUCCACCGCAUUGGUGAAGUGACAUUGAAAUGUAUAAAAUCGGGUCGUCCUUUGAUACACAUAAUGAAAAUAUGGUCAAUAGUGGGGCCUCACUUCAUGCAAGCUUCUUGUCACAAAGAUCGAUCCGUUUCGAAAAAAGCCAUCAGCUGCAUCCACGAUUCGGUGACCGCCUUAUUAAACGAACAAGCUGAACUUCCCCAUUUCCAUUUCAACGAAGCUCUCUUGAAACCGUUCGAAAACUUACUUUGUUUAGAACUAUGCGAUCUGGAUGUGCAAGACCAGAUUGUCGCGUGUUUGUGCGAAUUUGUAGAAGCUAACAGGACCGAAAUUUGUUCAGGCUGGAGGCCGCUAUUUGGUACUUUAAGAGUCGCAAACGCUAAAAACAAUGCCGCCGCCAUUCUUGAUGUUUUCCGAUUAUUUUUAUCGACCGAUAACACAUUGGUCUUUGCAAACGCGGCCUUAGAUUAUAUUUUAUGUCUUCUGUCACAUAUAAAGAGCAGUAACUUCGAGGAGCAAUCUUCGGAACCAUUAAACAGCGUGAUCAAAUCUCCAACAGAGAAAAGGAGUCUUUUCCUUGACAAAGAGUCAGACUUUCCAUCGAAGUUGCUUAUUGGACCGGUAGAUUUGUGCAUCGAAUCGUUGAAACUAUUACAAAAUUGUGCAGCUAUUCUCUCCGUAAUGUAUAACAUGCCCAAAUGUCCGACAUUCAACAUGACGCACAGAAUGAAUAUCGACACGAAUCCGCAACUUGUCGAUCCCGUUAUACAAAACAUAGAAAUAGUCAGUUUUAAUCAGGAUAAUAUCGAUCAAAUCAGUUACAAAGUUUUAUCGACCAGAAAUGAUUUCGAUGAUUGCGAGAAAGCAAACAUCACACUUUCAAAAAUGGAUAGGCAAAGUAACGUUUUAAAGAUUUGGUACAUACUUCUGGAAGGCUUGUCUAGCGCUUCGGUGAUGUCGGCAAAUAAAAAUCAACCAUACGUUGUCGAAACUUUAUUCAAAUUGAUCAGAGAUUUAAUCAACAAUCCCGGUAUUAGUUUCGGGCUGUAUUGCAUCAAUCAUUUACUUUUACCGAUGGUACAAAAUUGGUUGAGGCAAAACGCGAAAGUGCACAAACCUGGAGACGUUUGGCAGAACUUUAAACAUUGUUGCGGUUUGGCGAGCGAAUUGGUUGUCGACUAUUUACAUCAACUUCAAGAGAACAUUACACAAGAAGAGAAAAAGAAUAUGGAUAUGGAAAAUCCAGCCGCAACAUUGGCGUUGAAACAGCUUCUAUUAAUAUUGAUCGAAUGUUGCGCCCAACCUUCUGAAAACAUAGCCAGAUUAGGAACAAGCUGUAUGAGACACAUAAUUUUGAGCGCCGGAAAAAUUCUCACUAUCAAUCAAUGGGAAAUUCUUGUGGUCUCAUUGCACAGAGCUUGUACAGUCACUCUCAAUCCCUUGCAACAAUUAACGCUGGCAUUCAAAGAGAAUUCCGACAGUUUCUAUGGAGACUUGGCUACAGUUAAGGUUGCUGCCAGGAAAGACAGUUCCGUAUCGGAAAAUGAACGACUAAACGAACUAUCACGUCAAGUUUUCCUGAUGCAGUGUCAAAGAAACUGCCCAAAAUGCACGGGAAAAAGUUGCGACUGUGACAACAACGGCAUACUGAUCGAUGAUCGGAGUUACGUGUUUUUGUUGUACCCAAUGGACAUGGCUUCCGCACUGAAUAUCGAUUUGUACACGGUUCGCGUGCCGUUUAGGAAUAUGGUCGUCGGAAUUUUGGCUCAUCAGAUGUUAGUGCAAACAAUAAGCAGUGCGUUGUUACAAAAUUUAACACACAUCACUCCGAUUCUGAGCAUUUUGCAGAUCAACUCGUGCAGUUUAAGAGGCAUCUUGAGUCACGUAAAUGCCAAACAUAUCAAUAUACUAUUGAAAUGUUUGGAGAUUUCUAACAUGCGAGCCAAGGAGUUUGACGUAAGACCUGGGCUUAAGUUUCUCACUCAAAAAGUCGGCAAUUUAGGCAAAGCUGCCAACCUGUACACUCAAGCGAACACUUCGGAAGUCGUGCAGAUAAUUGUUCUGAUUGAGUUGUGUCUGGACGGAAUAGAAAAGUAUCGUAUUCAUCCGAAGGAUCUGAAAGAUAUUUUGGCUAGAGAAGAAAAAAGAAAAUGUCUGACUGACUUGGACUAUAUCGAGGAGUUCUUAAAAAAACUGCACACGAAGUGGGAGGCACUGUGCGAAUCGUACAUUAGUUUGACCAUCAACAUUCCCGAUGAAGCUGUCGACAGCGAUGCCGAAAAGUCAUCUCCCCAUCACGUGAACAAAAUUGUAAAUUCCGAGAAUGAAGACGUGCCAGAAAAACCGUUCAAAUUGUCAGACUUCAAACAAGACGACGAUAAUUUUAGCACCAGCACAGAUUCGGAAAGCUACUUGGAACGCGACAUCCUUCCAAAUUUAAAAAGCGACGACGACAACGUUUUCGAACCGGAAUUAAAACAGGAUAAACGCAAAACUAAACCGGACACAUCGACAGACGACGAAACAAACGAGAUGGCAGCUAAAUUGGCCAAAUCUUCAAAUUAUGUCGAACCAGCAACGACGAAUGUAAUAAAGUACGACACCAACACCCUAUUGCAAAUGCGCAAAUCAACAAUUUCCACCGACAACAACAAUGCUCAUUUAACUACCAAACCAAUGGAGAGGUCCAAGUCGGAAAGGGAGUUACAAGCAAAGUUGCACCUCCUCCAGAAGUACAGACCUCAAAAUCAGCAGGAUAAAAAUGAAAGUGGACAGCGGUUGAAUCCUUUCGAUAGUUAUAUUCCUCCGCCACAAGCAGUGCCUCCAGAAAUUCAACAGCAAAGAAGUUUAAGCAUUUUUAAGGAUUCAGAAGCGUUCAAGACAACAAGAAUAGAAACAAUGGAAGCAUGUUUAGAGUUGUUGAGUAGCUUGUCAUCGGAAAAGUUGUCGCCUUUGGCGACAGUUCUGAAACAAGGAGCUGUAAUGUUGAUUGGCGCACAAAACGAAAAGAUAAAAGAAGCGGCAGAAUUACUUUUACAUCGCAUGAACAUUUCUUUUGUCGAUCACGAUAAUUUUUAAUUAUAAUCUACAUGGAAACUUGGGAUCAGUAGUUUCGGUGUUUUAGCUUCAUGUAAAACGAGCUUUAAGAUUGUAGAGACACAUACGAGAUCGCUAAAAUAUUGUAUUUUUUAACAUUACUGUUUUUUUGUUCCGUCCUGCUUCAUUCGUUAUGUUGUAUUUUGGAACAUAACAACAUGGUAAAAAUAUUGUUUUUAACCAAUUUUUUAGGUAAUGUGAUAGGAAGGCGAUUUACGAAAGAUACUUGUGAUACAAUGAAAUGAAAUGAAUAAUUUUUUUUAAUUUUACCAAAAUUUAUCUUUAACCAAUGUAUACAAACAAACAUACAUACAUACAUACAUAUAUUUAUUUAUUUAUUUAUUUAUAAACAAAUAUUGGUGUAAAGUAAAUUAUUGCAAUUAUAUAAAUAUGUUAGUUUAGUUCAGCAAUAAAACAUAUAAGCGUACGCCUAUUUCAAUUUUAAAUCUAAAUAGAUUUGGAACAAUAAAUACCGUUUAUUCAUACAAUUCGAUUUGAUUAUUGCAAUUGAUAAAAUGCAUAUUUUGUUCAUUAUUAUAACUGUGAUUAUAAUAAUUAUAACUGAACUAUUAUAAUGUAAUUUUAUGUUGCAAUUUACAACAAUUCCAGAUAUUCCAUUUGAGACAAUGGUAUUCUCGCAAAUAUUUAUUAUAUUUGUGUUUAUUUUUAAAACUUACUGUGUUUCUAGAGUUGUGCUUGUAGAAAGAAUCGAGCAAAUUUGGAUGGACAAAUAUUAUGGAAAUGCAGAUAUAAAAUUUAAGAACAUUAAUAAAAGGACAUAUAUUAAUUUUACACUAAAUGUAAUUCGCGAUUUCACUGAAAACAACUACGAAAUGUCAUUUAAAGUAUUCAAAUGGACAAACAAUCAAUUCCGCGAAUCUGGUAUUAUAUUUAGGGAAAAUUAUUGCCAUAUUUUUCAACUGGAGAAUAGACAGAAAUUUUUGAAACACAAUGAUUACUUAGAACAUUUUGUUCAAACAUGUCCAAUCAAAAAGGGAUAUUAUUAUGUACACAAUUAUCCCAUAAGUGACAUUAAUGUUCAAAGCUUACCCAAAUGGACGGUGAAAAUUUAUGCUGACAUUACACUAAUAAAAAAAGUUCUAUUUAAUGUUACUCUGGUAUUAAAUAUUUCAUAAUAGAAAAUAAUUUUUUGGGUUUGAUAUAUACACGAUAGUUUUUAGAUGCAGCAUUCACAGAGAGGUUAUCACAAAUUCAGAUUUAAUAAUAUUUUUAUUAGUGUCAUUUUGUUUUCUUAUUAUUAGUUAUAAGGAUAAAAUAGAAAAUUUUAAAUUUUCUGUAUUAUGAUAUCAAUAAGAGAGAAUAUAGAGUAAGAUUAU